CUUCCAUAACCCAGCGUGUCACACCUAUUCAUUCCUUCAUCACAAUUUCACAAACCUCCAUUAUUUUUCUCCCCCAAAUCACAACUCUCUCUCUCUCUCUAAUAAUUCUCUUUCGUUUUCAUUAUAGAAUGCCAUGGCGUUCCCAGCCACAAUGGUUAUCCUUCCUGUAGGAAUCAUUUUCAUUCUUUCAGGUCUCAUCAUCAAUGUCAUUCAGGCUGUUCUGUUUGUGUUUGUUAGUCCGAUUUCCAAAUAUUGUUACAGAAAAGUAAACAAAGUGCUUACGGAGUCGCUAUGGUUGGAGCUCAUUUGUCUCGUUGAUUGGUGGGCGGGCGUGAAGGUUGAGUUGUAUGCGGAUUCACAAACAUUUCAAUUGUUGGGUAAAGAAAAUGCACUUCUGAUAUGUAAUCACAGGAGUGAUAUUGAUUGGCUUAUUGGAUGGGUUUUGGCUCAGCGCACUGGUUGUCUUGGGAGCACUGUCGCUGUUAUGAAGAAAGAAUUUAAAUAUCUCCCUGUUAUAGGUUGGUCGAUGUGGUUUGCUGAGUUUUUGUUUCUAGAAAGAAAUUGGGCUAAAGAUGAAAAAGCAUUGAAGUCGCGUUUUAAGCAACUUGAACACAAACCAGUGCCUUUUUGGGUGGCUCUGUUCGUUGAAGGGACUCGAUUUACACACACAAAACUGUUAGCAGCUCAAGAGUUUGCAAUUUCAAGAGGGAUGACAGUACCCAAAAAUGUUCUGAUUCCUCGUACUAAGGGUUUUGUGACAAUUGUACAAGAAACGCGAACAUACAUUCCAGCCAUUUACGAUUGCACAUUUACAGUUCCAAAGGGCGAGCCUUCACCUACACUGCUGAGAAUUUUUAAAGGCAUUCCUUCUUCGGUGAAAGUUCAAAUUCAGCGACACAAAGUAGAGGAACUUCCAGAAACACCCGAAGGCAUUGCGCAAUGGUGCACAGAUGCUUUUGUUGCCAAGGAUGCUUUACUCGAGAAAUACAAUACAACAGAGAUAUUCAGCGAGCUAGAACUUCAUGAAACCCGUCGGCCUAAAAGAUCAAUAUUUGUUGUGGCUUGUUGGUCAAGUUUCCUUGGUUUUCUUCUUGUUAAAUUCUUCCAAUGGUCUUCACUACUCUCCACAUGGAAAGGCAUUGCAUUUACUGUGCUUUUCAUGGUCAUUGUCACUGUUGUUAUGGAAGUUCUCAUACACGCAACUCAAGCGGAGCGAUCUAAAACCAAUUUACCCGCCAAUUUACCCGUACAAGACCCCAUCAAACAGAGGCUUCUUAAUCCAGACACUACCAAACCUUCACUGAUAAUUUAAUGUUAAUCCAAUGUCUCUGUCUCAUUGUACAUGUAUAUUUUGUUCUGGUUCUAAAAUGCAGGAUGUGUAAAUAAAAAUUUGUUAUUUAUAUCCCUAGGUCCCAACCAAAUUCUUUUUCUGUCUAUUAGUUUUGGGUAACAAUUGUAACUUAGAAAUUCAAAAUUCUUUUAGUGAUAAUAACUUAUUGUUAUACCAUAUACAAUAACAUAAACCUUGUUAACUUCUAUUUACUAUAUUAAA